UCCUUGUGACACAGUUUUGUUACAUGCAUACAGAUUCUAUGAAUGCAGAAAGCGAUGCAUUAUUUCAUUAUCUAUCUUCACACAACGUUUUCACCCGAGUCUGAUCGUAGGAAAACCUCUUUCCACGUUAUUCACAACUCGUAUUAUAGAACGUGUAUUUAGUUAUUUACUUCUGUUAUAACUAGAACGUGUUAAUUCAGAUCAACAAGAUAUUGUUUCAAGUUUCUAUAUUUUGAACACAUAGUACAGUUUAAGAAAUAGGUUCUAUUAGUUUUUGUAUGAAAACACGUAAAUAAUGAGUAUUAAAUUGAUGUAGGUGAGGUGAAACGUUUGCAACUCUAAUUAUAAACCGUAAAUUUAGUUAUUUGCCACUUUUUGUACAACUGGAACGCGUUGUUUAAUUCAGACAAACAAGAUAUUGUUUCAAGUUUGUAUAUUUUAAACACAUAGUGAGGUUAAAAAUUUGCAAAACCGAAGCCAUGGGUCUCCUGGUGGAAGAGACGUGUAUUGCGUAUUGUCUCUCGAUCAAGAAGAAAUAUUUAGAACCACAACGAUGGAAAGAACUCUCAACCCAUUCUUUGGAGAAGAGUUCCAGUUUGAAGUGCCCCGGAAGUUUCGUUACCUCGGCAUUUAUGUUUACGACAGGGAUAGACAUUUGAAGCAAGAUAAGAUACUGGGAAAAGUAGCGAUAAAAAGAGAAGAUUUAGCAACGUAUCAUAACAAGGAACACUGGUUCCCGUUGAGACCGGUCGACGCCGACUCUGAAGUUCAGGGUAAAGCGCAUUUGGAACUUGCUUUUCAACCACAAAUUGGGAGUGGUCAAUCGAAGCUUACUGUAAGGAUAAUAGAAUGUAGCGAGUUAACUGUAAAGAAUGGUGGCUGUGAUCCGUUUGCAACUGUUACGGUCAUUUAUAGUAAUGGUAAACAAGUAUUAAAGCGCACAAAAAUUAAGAAGAAAACAGUAUCCCCAUAUUUUAAUGAGAUAUUCGUCUUCGAGCCAGAAAUAACCGAAUCCAAAGAGAAGGAUAUCUCCCAUUAUCCUGUCGAGCGAGGAGAAGUGGGCGAAGUAGUUGUAGGCUUGUGGCAUGCGUCUCCCGGUAUGGGAGAGCAGCCAGCUUUCCUCGGUGAAGUUAGAGUUACCUUAAAGGGUCUACAAAAACAGCCGACCAGUACAACAACCGCGUGGUACUUUCUGCAACCUAGAGCGGUGAAACAUCGUCCAAGUAAAAUCUCGAACAGUUCUACACCACCCGGUGCUGUUCCAUGCUUAGGAUCACUGAGGCUGAAGGUACAUUACACGGCGGAUCAUGUUUUCCCAUCGGCGAUGUACGAUAGGCUUAGGAAUUUGUUAUUACAAAGUGUCAACGUCCAGCCAAUAACGUCGUCCGCUGUUUAUAUCCUCGGCGAAAUCGUGGCGAGCAAAAUGGAAGCUGCCCAACCGUUGGUUAGGCUGUUGGUACAUUACGGACAAUUGGUUUCCGUAAUGCGUGCUUUAGCUAGUCAUGAAAUCUCGAAAUUGACCGACCCGACGACAAUUUUUCGUGGUAACACGUUAGUGAGCAAAAUGAUGGACGAGGGUAUGAGACUGGCGGGUCUUCACUACUUGCACAGCACGCUUCGACCCGCUAUGGAACAAGUUUUCUCCGAAAAGAAGCCAUGCGAGAUAGAUCCAUCGAGGGUGAAGGACGCCAACACGAUUCAGACGAAUUUAACUAAUUUAAAAGAGUACGUCGAGAGAGUGUUCACCGCUAUCACAACGUCCGGCGUACGGUGCCCACCGUUGAUGUGCGAGAUGUUUUGGUGUUUGAGAGAACUCGCGGCAACCCACUUCCCGAAAAACAAGGAAGUAAGAUAUUCGGUGAUCAGCGGAUUUAUUUUUUUACGAUUCUUUGCGCCUGCGAUAUUGGGUCCAAGAUUAUUCGAUAUUACUACCGAACAAAUUGAUUCUCAGACUAAUAGAACGUUGACGUUAAUCUCUAAGACGAUUCAGAGCCUGGGUAACUUGGUGAGUUGCAGGGGCGGUGCAGGUAGUGUUUGUAAGGAGGAGUAUAUGGAAUGCGUAUACAGAGAAUUUUACACGGACAGGCACAUACAAGCUGUUAAGCAAUUCCUCGAGUUGAUAUCCACUGGCAGCAGCAGUACCAUCGCCAAACAACGGACGAGCACUCGGGAGGAACAGCCGAUCGUAUUAAAAGAAGGAAUAUAUUUUCUCUUCAUGCACUCCACUGAUCGUAAUAAGAGAGUAAUGAUUAAAAGGGCCCAAGGUAGAAAGCGGUUUGGACGAAAGAAUUUUAAGCAAAGAUACUUCAGGCUCACCACGCAAGAUUUAACUUAUUCGAAGACUAAAGGGAAAGAACCUUUGUGUAGAAUACCUCUCGAAGACAUUUUGGCCGUUGAGAAGCUUCAGGAAGAUUCGUUUAAAAUGAAGAACAUGUUUCAAAUUGUUCAAUCGCAAAGAGCGCUCUACGUUCAAGCUGGAAAUUGUGUGGAGGAAAAGGAGUGGAUUGACAUCUUAACAAAAAUUUGUCGCACCAAUAGCAAUCGAUUAGAGAAAUAUCACCCAAGUGCAUAUAUUAACGGCCAUUGGCUUUGCUGUAAAGCAGUAGUGGAAACCGCUCCGGGAUGUUGCGAGGUGUCUCCAGGCGUGGAAGCCGGAAUGCGAAUGGUCCUAGAUCCGGAUCGAGACUUACAACGAAUACACUCGUUGAUCUUCACGAACAUGCCGCGUCUCGAGACGUUGAUGAACGCUUGCGAGUGCCAGGCCGUGUACGGCAGUAACGACACGUGCAUCAUACCAGGCGGGUCUCCAAUCGAAGACGUGCCUUCUUGCAUCAAAACGUUGAGCGCCUUAAGAGAAGUCGCGUACGCCUUGCAGCACGAGCAUCGAGCCUACUUCAGGAGAUUAGCGCGCGAUACCAAGUACGGAAGCAAGCAAGCCCCGAUCGGCGACGACAAUUACCUCCACCUCGCUGCCAGAGCUGGGUUCGAUAGCCAAUUAACGAAACACGCUUACGAGGCGGAGAAUUCGAGCCAGCAUUACAUAGAGACGGAUCACUGUUACAAUAGCGGGCUAUCCAGGCGAAUCGAGGAUCAACGCUCGUUAGACGAAUCGUUACGAAUACGCCCCGUAACCGUGCACCAUAGGUACGAGAACGAGAACAAUUUAUUCCGGCGAUACGAAAAUAACACGGACAGCGUUCGGAGUAUCCAAAAUGAUCUCAAAACGUUCAGGACUGAUCAAAAUUCCGAGAAGAAUAUCAAUUUAGAAAAUAAUAGAAUGUUAGACAACUCGAGGGACGAGGUCACCGGUUCUGGGUUACCGCGGAAGUUUAAUAACUACGAUCAUAUCAAAAUAUUAAACGAAUGUGCAGUUACGAAAUUCAGGGGCGAGAAAUUAUCGUGUAACCCUCUAAGCGAUCAUACUAAUUGAUUGCACUAAUAAUUAGACUGCGGAUUUUAUGCAUUUAUAUCGGAAUUAGGUAAGCAAAGAAAUGUAAAGAAUACACAUACAAACGUGCAUAAAGUAUCAAUGACAAAAUGAAUGACGUGAUACUUAAAAGAUGAAGAGAAGUACAUGUGACACCCUCCUUUUACACAGUGGAAACAUACUGAGUAUAAGAAAAUCGUGUAAGAAAAAAAUCAUGCAAAUAUUGAUGAGCAGAAAUAUAGAGGGUGAAACUCGUAACAUGACGAAUUCUAGUAUUUUACAAUUGUUACAAGAUUUUUAAACAAAUGUUGUACAGCUUUCAGGAGGACAAGCAGAGCUGUCAUCUGCUUUUGUCUUUUUCUCGAGAUAUGAGGAUCACCUGCAAUCUUGUAAAUAACAAAUUUUAUAUCAUAUCAUCAGUUAAAUUAUCACACAAUGUACUAAUACAUUUAUAUUU